AUGGCCAAGGAUGGGGCAGGAGGCGGGCCCGACUGGAACGGCCUGCUCAAGUGGAGCCUCGCCCACGGCAGCGACGGCACCAACCCGCCCCGCGCGCUCAGUGAGGAGGACAGGAAAUGGUUUAUGGAGGCGAUGCAGGCAAAUACAGUCGAUGUUGUCGGCAGGAUGAAGGAGAUCGCCCAGGUGAUGAAAACCCCUGAUGAUGUGUUGCAAUCUCAUGGUGUCACUCCAGAGAACAUUGAAGGUACCUUCUCAGAUAUGCUUGAUGAGUUACAAGAGCAUGUGGAAUCCAUUGAUAUGGCAAAUGAUCUUCAUUCUAUUGGUGGACUAGAUCCUCUGCUUGGUUACUUGAAAAAUUCAAAUGCUGGCAUCCGAGCAAAGGCAGCAGAAGUUGUCAGUACGGUUGUCCAGAAUAACCCGAAAAGCCAGCAACUUGUCAUGGAAUCUAAUGGACUGGAGCCACUAUUGACAAACUUCAGGUCUGAUCCUAGCACGACUGCACGCACAAAAGCUCUUGGAGCUAUCUCUUCUCUGAUUCGCAAUAACCAGUCCGGUCUUGCUGCAUUUCGUCUAGGAAAUGGACAUGCUGCACUGAAAGAUGCACUUGGUUCUGAUGAUGCUAGACUUCAGAGGAAAGCUCUGCAUCUCACACAGUACCUGCUGAACAACAAGGCGGAUAGGAACGUCGCCACAGAGAUUGGUCUUCCGAAUCAACUUAUACACCUCGCAUCCAGCGACGACUCUGGAGUCCGGGAGGCUGCCCUGGGCGGCCUUCUCGAGCUGGUGCGCGACAAGACACCAGCUGCCCGCAACGCUCUACCUGAUCAGGACAAGCUGAAAGACGUCCUGAAGAGCCGAAUCGAAGGCAUCAGCGCAAUGGACGCUGACGACCUCCAAGCAGCCCGUGAGGAGCGGCAACUGGUGGACUCCCUCUGGAAGGAGUGCUACGGCGAGCCGUCGUCUCUCAGGGAGAAGGGCCUGGUGGUGCUCCCGGGGGAGGACGCGCCGCAGCAGCCGCCACCGGACGUCGCCGGGAAGAUGUUCGAGCCGCCGCUCCGUGCGUGGGCCGCGCCGAGGCCUGCUCCGGCGGAGGACUCCGAUUCGGGCAGCGGGAAGAAGGAUCCGCCCCUGCUGCUAGGGCCGUGA